AUGGCUACUCCUGCCGUCCAAACCCCUUCAGUUCCAACACCUCAAUCAACACCAUUUGCAUUGCCCUCUACACCAGCACCAUUGGACGCACCAACUCCAAGAGACCAUAACCCCUAUGCCGUCGCUGGAAUAACACCCACUCUACAAAACAUUGUCGCCACGGUCAAUCUCGAUUGUCGUCUUGAUCUAAAGACUAUUGCCCUCCAUGCCCGUAAUGCUGAAUACAAUCCAAAGCGCUUUGCAGCUGUGAUCAUGCGCAUCCGCGAUCCAAAAACGACCGCACUGAUCUUUGCAUCUGGAAAGAUGGUCGUCACGGGUGCCAAGUCUGAGGAUGACUCCAAGCUGGCUGCCCGCAAAUAUGCUCGCAUCAUUCAGAAACUGGGUUUCCAGGCCAAAUUCACAGACUUCAAAAUCCAGAAUAUUGUUGGCUCAUGCGACAUCAAGUUUCCCAUUCGUCUGGAGGGUCUUGCUUAUUCGCACGGUCAUUUCAGUUCUUAUGAACCUGAACUGUUUCCUGGUCUCAUCUACCGCAUGGUUAAGCCUAAGAUUGUCUUGCUUAUCUUUGUGUCUGGCAAGAUUGUCUUGACGGGUGCAAAAGUGCGAGAGGAGAUCUAUCAAGCUUUCCAAGCUAUUUAUCCCGUACUCACUGAGUUCAGAAAGCCAUAA